AUGGCGGAUUUGUCUCUGAUAAAUCGGGUAAGCUAUGCGACUUCAUGUUGCCCAACAUGUCAACUUGACCAUCGAAACCCGCGCUACGCGAAACUACUGUACCCAGUAGAGGGACCCGGGGCGCCAUUGAAAAGUCUACCAACGCUUGAUGAGAUACCACGGCUAGCAAAGCCUGAUGAAUGUGUUGUUUGUUACGGACCUAAUUAUACACCCGUAGCCACUAUACCCUGCGGUCAUAAACAUACCUGCUUAACAUGCAUUCUGCGAUGGACCAGAAGCGAAGAAGAAGAUCUUCCUAAUGGAUGCCCUUAUUGCCGUUCCAAGAUCGAUCGCUUGAAAACAUAG